CCACAAUAAACUAUGAUUCCACAAACCUGUAACAAUUCACAAAACGGUCUUACAGUGGAUGCCUUCUCAUUGAAAUACCCUGGCAAUGAAACAGUUGACAUGCUGGUAAAGAAGGAAGGGAAACUGAUUCAACAGACAUACUCCUUCAGGUGAUAGCCUCAAAAUGGCGAACGAAGAAGGAGCACUCGAUGAUCCAUUGUUUGAAUCUGAACGCACGUCCCUUCUUGAAGUUAUUGAAGAAAGAAACAGAUCUUUAAGUAAGAAAAAUCUAAUACACCGUGUGUUCUUCAUUUCCCGACUUGGAGAGAGUGUCAUUAACAGAACAGAUGUUGGAAAUUAUUAUGAACUUUUCAUCAAGCGGCUGAAAAAUGAUUUUCAGACAGAGCCAAUAACAGGACUUAUGCUCAUCUACAUGAAGUAUGUUGUUCAUGUUAUGGAGUCAUCAGCAGACAUGAUUCUUGAGCUAGCAAAGGAAAUGGCUGAAGAAGAAAAGCGACCAAAAGGCCACUUUAUGAAGUCUAAGAUCCUGAUCAUCUCUCAUGACAUAACUGUGAGACAAUAUCAGUCCUGGAAUUUCCGCACGUUGGACAUUGUGGAACCAGGGAUAGAAGCCUAUGAGCCAGGAGAAAGUACAGAAAAUCUUGUUAUAGAACUUCUUACCCAGCUACUGAGAUUAGGAAACUUUUUGGCCAAACAACCAAAGCUUAACUUAAAGAAUGCAAUGGAUUCUUUGCAUGAUAAAGUUCCAGAACUUCUUCCACAGCAAGCUGUGGUACACUUUUUGCUGGAGGAGAAUGAUCCAUGUAUGAUGACACCAAGUGAAUAUGUUGAAAUGCACACAAGUCCAUUUGACAUCAUUCUUGACAGUGAUCUUGUCUGGCCACUCCCCACGAGACUAUUUCCAUACAACUGAAGAAAUUGUUUGCCAGAUUCUCACUGCUGUUGGACAUUUACUUUGGCCAAUCAACAGAAUCAAUUUAUCAAUGAAACCAACCCUAACAGAGGCAGAUUUGAUCAUAGUAUUCUUCUGAACUUUCAGUGUUUUGGUGCAUGAUAUUUCAAUAUAGAUUAAGAGUAAUUUUGCAGUAGAGAGCAUUUUACAUUUUUGCAAUAUUUUCCUCCUCCCGUGUGUUUUCUAUUCAUGUCCCAAUAUUUAUUUUUAUAGAAACUUUAAGUAUCAUUUACCUUUUGUGUGAAGUUUCCUAUAAAUUUUAAAUGACUUUUGAUAAUUUAGCCAAAAAAAAAAGGGAGGGGCGGUCUAUGCCCUUUAACAGAUAUAAAAAGAACAAUCAGAUUGACAAAUACACCAUACUGUGAUAUAGUUCUUUCUGUUUGUUUUCUGAAACUCAUCAUAAGUAUAAAUAAUUAUAACUACGC